UUAUAUAUGUAAUUUCCUGGUGACAGAAAUGGCACUCAUUAGGUGGAAUGGCCCAGGUGUUUUUCUCUUAUAUUGGCUAAUAGUUCAUGCACACACACAUUUUGUCUCUCCAUACAUAAGACCUUUUUUUUUAUAAGUGUGAACAAUUAGCCAGCCAAUCUCCACACAGGAGGCGGAGCUUGUCUGAAUACAGGUGUGCAAAGAUAUCACCUGCCUCAGUGCAGCUCGCGCUCAGCUCAACAGGUGAGCUGACUAAAUCCAUGUGCACAUAUGGGCUGAAUGAGAAGGAAGACUGUCUCUGAACCCGGUUUAACCCCUCGGACUGACCCCUCUGGUGUCCCCCGGAGCGAUGGCUCUGUCCCAACUGCAGUGUCUGGACGACAACCACGUCAACCUGCGCACCAACGAGUCCAAGCCGGAGUUCCUGUACAGUGAGGAGCAGCGGCUGGCGCUGGAGACGCUGCUGGAUGGAGGACGGGAGCUUUUCCAGGAGUUCCUGAAGAGCAGCAGCGCGCGGAGCUUCCUCUCGGAGCUGGAGGUGACCCGGUUCACCGGCUCGGUGGAGGUGUUCUGCCCGGACGGCCCGGUGCGCGCCGGCGGGGACGCGGAUGAAGCGCACGGCUCGCUGCAGUACUGGCCGGACCGCUCCGACACCUCCCUCCCGGAGCUGGACAUGGGCUGGCCGGACAGCGGGGCCUACCGGGGGGUCACCCGCGCGCACGUGUACGCGCAGCCGCCUCUGGAGGGGGACGCGCACAUUAAAGAAGUUGUGAGAAAGUCGAUUGCGCAGGCGCAGAAGGUCAUUGCUGUUGUUAUGGACUUGUUUACAGAUGUGGACAUCUUUCAAGAUCUCUUGGAUGCGAGCUUGAAGCGUAAGGUGGCCGUCUACAUCAUACUGGAGACUACUGGAGUUCCACACUUCCUGCAAAUGUGUGAGAGAGCCGCCAUGCACACUGGACACCUUAAGAAUCUGAGAGUGCGCAGCAUCAGAGGAGCAGAGUUCUUCACUCGCUCAUCAAAGAAGAUCUGUGGCACCCAGAGUCAGAAGUUCAUGUUUGUUGAUGGAGAUAAAACUCUGUCAGGGUCGUACAGUUUCACCUGGACUGCCUCCAGACUGGACAGAAACAUCAUCACCAUGCUCACAGGCCAGGCUGUGGAUGCGUUUGAUAAGCUGUUUCGGGAGUUAUAUGCAGUGUCUAAUGGUGUGAACCUGAGCAAGAUCAAACUGGACAAUGAGCCCACGACAGAGCCAGCUCCACAGUCAGCUCCCGCUCUACUGCCCUCGUCCACCAUGGCCCUCAGACUCAUCAAUCCAAAAUACGCUCUGGUCUCCAGUGGUGCUACUGCCAACAGCAACAGUACACCACAGGCACCUGAGCCAAGACUGGCCAAAAACAGCAGUGUUAAACAUGUGAAAGAGCUGCCAGAGCCUCCACCUGUUCACCCUGGACUCCUUCACCUGGAGAAAGCCAACAUGAUCGAAUACCUGCCUGUCUGGCCUGAGCCUGACCCGCCGAGCGAUGUCAUUGGGUUUAUUAAUAUUAGAGACUAUAAUAAGCCAUUGCAAGCCCACCUCAUGCGUUCAGAACUGUUUGAGGUUUCUCAGGCCAUCCGAUUUAAGGACCCCUUUCAGGUGCCAGAGAAGCCUCUGAUUGAGAGAGCUUCUCUUCAACCCAAAGUGGUGGAGUCCUCUAGCUAUCCUCUAGCUAAUGAGCUAAUUAAUGAGCAGCCUAUUAGUAUACAACCUCAAACUAGCCUAGAGGAAAAAAACAGGCACGCUAGACCUCUAGACUCAGUAGAAUUGCCGCUCAGUAGCCCAAAUGAGCAGACCUCUGGAUUUCUGUCUUCCAGUAAUCAGAGCAAGAAGGACUCAGCUCUGGUUCAUGGUCUGGAGAAGCUAAUGGACACAUCACUUUUGCCAAGAGAAGAAAUCCAUGCUUUCAGUACAAAGCCUGAACCUCUAAAGGCAGAAUCCAAACUGUCAAUACUGGAUCCCAAAACAACACAUACCCCAACAGUGCACUUUGAAACAACCUCAGUCCAGCAAACCUUGGAUACACCAACAGAGAUCCCAAAAUACGCCUCCAACUUCUCCUCCACAUCAGACGAAUACUUUGAAUGUAGCGACUUUCUUACUGUUGACUCUGAAUUUGAAGGUAUGGUCAAUAAGGUGCGACCUGAUUCCAGACUUUCAGAGCAAGACUGUCAUACAGAUGACUGUAGUAAAACUGUCACACAGUCCCAGCCCUACAUAUCGCUACAGCUCCAGCAGUUAGCAUUAGCAGCAAUCUCAUUUACUCAUGAGUCAGGCCCUCAGAGCCUGAACGAGCAUAAAACAGAUGUGACGAAAGAUCCACAAGAAGGACCACAAGAACAGUGUGUUGGUCAGUGUGAUGCAACAGGGAUGGCAUUGCACAGGGGGUUGGAUAAAACUGAGGCUAAACAUGAGGCAGGUUUUGAGCUCCAAGCUGAUAGAUUGUCUGAAGAGCAUGGAUCUGGCCAUGAGAGCCAGAAAGAACCAGAUGAGCCACAGCAACCAUCUGGAAUACAAACACAGUGUGAUGAUCAAUCUGUAGCAGGAAUGGAAUUUCACUGGGAAUCUGAUAAAACUGAGACAGGGUUAGAGAUCCAAGCUGAUAGAAAGUCUGAAGAGCAUGAAUCAGGUUGUGAGAGCCAGAAAGAACCGGAUAAACCUCAGCAACCAUCUAAAAUACAAACACAGUGUGAUGCUCAACCUGCAGCAGGGAGGGCAUUUCACUGGGACUCGGAUAAAACUGAGGCUAAACAUGAGGCAGGUUUAGAGAUCCAAGCUGAUGAAAUGUCUGAAGAGCUUGAAUCAGGCCGUGAGAGCCUGAAAGAACCAGAUGAGACACAACAAACAUCUGGAAUACAAACACAGUGUGAUGAUCAACCUGUAGCAGAGAUGGCAUUUCACUGGGAGUCGGAUAAAACUGAGACACAGUUAGAUAUCCAAGCUGAUAGACUGUCUGAAGAGCAUGAAUCAGGCUGUGAGAGCCUGAAAGUACCAGAUGAACCUCUUCAACCAUCUGGAAUACAAACACAGUGUGAUGCUCAACCUGUAGCAGAGAUGGCGUUUCACUGGGAAUCAGAUCAAACUGAGACAGGGUUAAAGAUCCUAGCUGAUGUACCCUCUGAAGAGCUUGAAUCAGGUUGUGAGAGCCAGAAAGAACCAGAUGAACCUCACCAACCCUCAGGAAUACAAACACAGGAUAAAACUGAGACAGGUUUAGAUAUCCAAGCUGAUGGACUGUCUGAAGAGCUUGAAUCAAGCCAUGAGAGCCUGAAAGAACCAGAUGAACCUCAUCAGCCAUCUGGAAUACAAACACAGUGUGAUGCUCAAUCUGUAGCAGAGAUUACAUUUCACUGGAAGCCAGAUAAAACUGAGACAUGUUUAGAGACCCUAGCUGAUAUAUUGUUCAAACCCAAACCCCCUCCAAAAGAUCAUCAUCAUGAAGUUCAAGAUGAUAGCUCAGUGCUAGCACAUGAGAUCAAUCCAUUGGAAGCUAACCUACUUAAAGGUUACACUGAUACACAGGCAGCAUGUAAAGAAAAGGUGGAAGGCCUAGAUAGGGAAAAUGAAGAACCUCCACAACAAGAAUUAGACCAUAAAGAACAUUCAGUAGUAAAUUAUACACUUGGCUUUAAACCUGUGGAAGCAAAUAAGUCUCAAUUAGCAGAUAAUGAGUUGGUUUCCAAGUCAGUGCUGCAGGCUAAAGACUCAUCACCUGAUUACGUAAAAUGUAAUGACUCCCCUACUGUUGACUCUAGAUUUAAAAGCAUUUUCAGUGUUAUGCUGAAUGAUUCUGGACCUACAGAGCAAGACAGGCACCCAGAUGACUUUAGUAAUACUGUAAAACACACUCAGGCAUUCAUAUCACUACAGCGCAAACCCCGAGCAUUAGCAGCAAGUUCUUAUGAGCAUGAGUUAGGCCAUGAAAGCCUGAAACCAAUGGAUGAGCCUCAGCAUCCAUCUGGACUACAAAAACAAUCUGAAGCAACAGGGAAAGCUGAUCAACAACAGGUUCAAGGAACUCAAAGUGAUGGCUCAACUCUAGAACCAGAAAGCAAACCAUACAAAGUUAACCCAUUGGAAGCUAACACUGAUACACAGGAAGCAUCUGAGGAAAAGGUUGAAUGUCUCAAUAAGAAAAGUAAAGAACUUCAAUCACAAGAAUUAAGUCACGUAGAACAUACUGUAGUAAAUAAUAUACUUGGCCUCAAACCUGUAAAAGCAAAUAAGUCCCUAUUAGCUGAAAACGAGCUGCUUUCUAGAUCAGUGCUGCUGCAAGCUAAAGUAUCAUCUCCAGUCAUAGUUGUCCAGACCAAAACCGAGUCACAGUCCAUUGUGUUCUCAGACCGAAUGAAAGAAGUGCCUCAUCAACUGCAUCCAAGAUUCAAGGACACAUCUAACCUCAGUCCUGCCAUUAAGGUGAAUGACGUCAGACACACCAGAACCCAGCAGAAAGUAGCUUCUCUUCGGGCCGCUUUCGAGAGGGCUGAAAGGGUAGAGAAAAAUAACUGCUAUCUCCCGCCACAGUUCACUGAUCUCACUGAUACUGAAGAACCGUUUAUUCAAAAGUCAGUGGAAGUAGAAGAUGUCCACAGCUUUGUGCCAGAGCUGAAGGAGAAUGCAGAAGAGGAAACUGUGGACAGCAAGGACAGAGCUGAAACAUAUGUACACAAGACUCUGGCUGGUCUAAACUUUACACAGCACAAUGCUGAUGAACAUUCUUCAGCAAAUAAGCAAAAGGUCUCUCUGGAAGUUCUGGGUAGGGUCGAACCAGUAGGGGAACAUACCUCUAUGUAUCAUGAGCACAGGAUCCAGCCUGAGGCAAAAACAAAGUUAGAAGGAGAAGUGAGAAAGGUUCAUAGACCCUCGUCCAAACAUAUUCGGACACUACAAGAGGCCAGAGCUGGUCCAGUUAAACCAUCUGCCACCAAACAGCACAGCAGUAAUCAUCCUUCUGCACCCAAUCGAUCUGCUGCAGCCACAACAGCAGCUCAGAAUUAUCUACAUGGAAAACAGUUGGGGCAGAACCGGGCUGUUAAUGCUCUACCCACGCUUUCAGACAAGCUCUUUACCAGACGCUCUGCUCCCACCAGGGCAAGCCAGAGUCCGCUCAGACACUCCCGGACAGACCCUUCACCGGGCCGCAUCAGCGCCUCCACAAAACAGCCUCAGGCCCAGCAGGACAAAACCAAAGCCAUCCAAUUAGGCCAGUCCAGCUCCAGGCAGCGCUCUGCGUCCACUACAGACGAUAGCCCUUUAUCUACUGCAGCGUUAUUCCUCAGAAGAGUGAGGAGCCUUAAAAGAGAAAACGACAGAGUUCCACCCAAAGAGAACCGAAAAUGAGUAUUAAGUAGAAUGAACAAUAAUUAUCAUUGUAGUGUUUAUUUUUUUCUGUAACAUUUUAUUUAAAGGCUAUCGACACAGAGGAAUAUUUAUGAAAAGCUUAUGACAGUACUCACAACAGGACAUAAGAUGCAUGCAUGCAUACUGUACAUACACCAAUCAAACAUAACAUUAUUACUACCUCCUUUCUCCUAGACUCUUUAUCCAAUUUUCCGCUCCACCGAUCAUAUAUAAGCAGUAUGUACUUCUAUAAUUACAGGUCAUAAUCUUAUGCUUGUAUCUGUGUAUAUCGUCGCUAUCCAAUUAAAAAGCAACUUUACAGGAGAGAGAAAAAACCCUCUAAACUUUCAAUAGAAGUCAAUGUGAAAAGAGUUAAUUUCAGGUCAUUUUGAUGUAAUUCUAAUGGUUCAUUCAUCAAGAAAUUUUGGCAGAGUGUAAGGGUUAGUUUGUCUGUUUAAAGUAUGUAGUAAACUAAAAAUCGACAAAAAUGGAGAUACUUGUUUUUCAUUGGACAGCGACGAUAUACAAUAAAUGUAUAUAAAAAUAAAUAUCAUAAUCAACACUCAUA